ACUCGCAGGCUACGAACCUAGCUAGCGGGCUGUGCGACCUACCUGCGCCAGCGGCUUCGGGUAGCAGCACAUGCCAUUUCCGUUAGAUCACUCAAUUUGAUUCUCCCUCGCCGUGCGCUUCUGUUUUCAAUUUCGUGCUGUUCUACUUACUUCUUCAAAUUCUAGCUCUCAGAUCAGGGAUCGGACCAUUUCUAAACAGAAUUUUCGAGCAUUCAAACCCAUGUAUUUUAAGUAGUCUGAUGCAAAGACCCUGAUGGAAGAGGAGAGGUCGAAUUGGUCCUUUCACACUCUUGGUACCUACAUCAAUCAUGAUGGCUGGCAUAAAACACAAGAGGGUAGAGAAUACUUUACAAGUAUCCUCAGACACGGAAAAAGGAGAAUGUUUGGCUGUCUGGAGAGUCCUUCAUUACCGUCCCAUCUCGAGCAGCCCAAGAUAUUAAAAUAUAAACUGUGCUUGGUUGGGAAAGCUGGUGUAGGAAAGAGCAGUACUGUAGCUAGGUUAUGUGGGCAGCAAGUAGCUACCAACCAUGUGGAAACCCCAGGUAUUGUUAAAGCUGUGACAUACUGGCCUGCAAAGCUGAAGCAUUCUGGGAAACCUGUCAUGUUCCGUCUUGAGUUCUGGGAUGCUGGGCAUGCUGUCCAGCGAAAGUUCGAUCACAUUCAUCCAGCUUGCCGAGAAAAGGCUCAAGCAGUGCUCUACUUCUUCUCCUUCAUCGAUCGUUCCAGCUUCGAGGAUUUGAGAACCCAGUUGUCCAAGACACUCUCAAACGAAGACACACCUCUCCUGUUUGUCAUUGGCACCAAGUAUGACCAGUACAACCGCAGUGAAAUCACAUCCAGGGAACUUCUGGACUUCCAGAAGCAGUGGCAAGUGCCAAUCCUUAAGUUGAAGAACGUCCUGAAACCCACGGAAUCGAACGCUCUGUUGGCAGGCGACUCCUGCGCCGAGGUUGACGAUGUUGCUCCCGCCAUGAACACGUUGGUGGAAUACCUUUGGAUUCAUGAUCAAGUUCUGACAGGGAAUAUUGAGAGGACUCCAAAGGUGAAUACUUCAUCAGGAGUCGAGACACAUACUGCUAGUGACGAUGAUGAAGCCACGUACGUCUGACACGUCUUGAUAUUGUGGUGUUACUGUGAUCUCUGGCGGGUGUGCUUUGUAGCGAUAUCUCUUGAAUUAUGGUAAUGAUGGCUGGAUUCAUCAUCAUAUAACACUUAUUGCCAGAGGAUACAAAGCAUAGUUAUUAUAACACUGGCUUGAGCUUGAGCUAUCACAUUGGGUAAUUUCAAGUUCAGUGUUGAUCUAUUGGUGUUGGUGUUAGGUCAAUUUUUACACGAGUAUAACAUCAAACAUAAACUGAAGAUGGUCCUGAAAAGUCACUCACUAGUUGUUGAGAUGUCAAUAAUGUGAUCUGGAUCAGGUUUACAAAGUCAGAAUAGAUUUUGGAGCUAGGGGAAGCAAUCCGGAUUCCAGCAACAAUGCCAACACUUGACUUGAAAUCACCCAUUAUCUGUAGUGCUCAGUGGAGUCAGUGCAUUCAAGGAAUCAAUCCUUCCUGGAAGGCUGGUGUACAUUCACUUCACCCGGGUAGAGAGCAGCACAAUGUGGAUAAAUUUCUUGCGAAAGAAAAACAUUCCAUGGCUGGGAUUCGAACCCAUGACCCUCCAUAUGGGCGAUGACAGAACCACUAGGCCAUGAUGAUCAGUCAAUCUAUAGGUUAAGCCAAAAUUAUUUCAAUGUGUGUGUACUUCAAAUACUUUUCCAAACUUAAAUUUUAUCAGUUUGAUCAUGUAAUUUCGUCUAUAAGCAUCAGCUUA